ACACAACAAAAAACAUAUAUUAAAAAAGCAUUUAACAUAUUUUAAAAAAUGAUGCCAACCGACUUAAUGUUUGAAUGAAAAAGUUACGGCCAAUGUUCAGAAGUAAUUUGUUCAUAUUACAUAGCUCUUUUCAAAAUAAUACAAUAUGGCAUCGCCAAUCAACAAAUAAACAAAUUAUUCCCACCAAAAGGCAAUAUAUGGUUUUAAAAGAAUAUAUUUGUUCACAUAAUGGAAUUCGGAACUAAAUGCCGGAUAUGCCUAAUCGAAGUUAAAUCGGAGGAGAAGCUUAAAUUGUACACAAAUAUUAGUCUUGAUAUGAACUUAUCGAACCGUGUUGAAUACUGCUGCGAUAUAAAGCUAAGAGAUGCUCCAGAUCUACCAAAACAAAUAUGUCAAAGUUGUUACGAUAUCGUAAAGCACUGGUUUGAUUUUAGACAACUUUGCAUUAAUACACAAAUUUAUUUAGAGAGUUCCUGUAACAAUGACUUAUUCGAACCUGAAAUUAAUAAUACAAUAAAAUAUAAUAAAGCGAAAUUACAUGCAUUUCUUAAACCUGCGCAAAGAGAUUUGCCAUUAACUAAGAUAAGAAAUAUAGAACGCACAGAAAAUAAGGAAACUACCAGACAUAUGAACGAAGAGCCGGAAUCAAGUGCAGAAACAAACGACGCAGAGCUAGCACUUAAUGAUUGUUCACCGAUUAAGGAAAAGAAUAUACCUCAAAUUACAGAAGAAAAACUGGAAAAGAAAGUUACUAAAAAUCGAAAGUCAUCACAAUACUUAUCUUCUUCCAAUGGUACAUUUAUGUGCUCCAUUUGCGGAAAUGUUUACAAAAAGAAAUCUGCUUUUAAAUAUCAUAUGAGUUUACAUUCGGAUGUGAGACCACACGAUUGCGAAAUAUGUGGCAAAAAUUUUCGUCAAGUUUCAGAAUUAAACAAUCAUAUGAGAAGGCAUACUGGAGAAAAACCAUACAAGUGCAGUGUCUGUGAUAGACACUUUAUUGACCGAAGUGAAAAGCAUAGACAUGAAAUGGUUCACACAGAUCUGCGUCCUUACGUGUGUAAUAUUUGUGGAAAGAGCUUUCAAUAUGCAGCUAUUCUAAAAAACCAUUCUAAAUUACAUUCGGGUGAAAAAGAGUACAAUUGUUUCGUAUGCCAAAAAUCAUUUACUCUGCAACAUCAACUCAAAGCUCAUUUACAAACAAUGGUGCAUAAACAAAAGGAAUCAAAGUUUAGUGAUGAAGGAUACGAUGUAAUAUUUGACUAGUUCAUAAUAACAACUAAGUAUAAUCAAUAUUUUUAUAUCAUAUAAUGUUUUGUAUAAAAAAUAUUUUAAUGCCUAUU